CUGAUUUGCAGUUGAAGCUGCUGGACUGUAUAGCCUGGUGAAUAUUGGGGUCUUUGGCCAAGAGAGUUGGGAGUGAAACUGUCAGCACAAUCUGGCAACCCUGCCUAUAACUGCAACCAGUGAAGCGCUUUAAAAGUCGCGGGCAAGUCAGAGAUAGAGACAGCUUUCCUAUGACGAUGACGUGGAGUGAGCGGACCUUAAGGAGAACAGGAACCGCACCUCCGUCACCUGCAGCCGCACCGAUCAGCGCAGCCAAGAGGAGCCUGUCCAAGCUCAGCCGCAAGCACAGCAAUGGCUCUGUCCAAUCCAGCUCGUCGACUGGCACUGCCAGAUCUGUGGAGGGCGUGGGCUUCAGACAACCAGCCAAGAGUAGAAUCCGCCGGCAUCAGCACCGCCUUUCCUCUGUGUUCAGCCGUGGUGUGCUCUCAGCUCGAGGGGACAUAACUACAUCUGGAGAAGAGCUAUCAGUAACAGACGAUCCCUCGGAACUGUCCAGUCACAUAACAGCACCAGGAAUCCUGAAGAUUUUUGGCACCGAGAUCUGUGAAGGUGCCAACUAUAAGAGUGUCCUGGCUACAACCCACUCCAGCGCCAAAGAGCUGGUAAAAGAAGCACUCGAGAGAUAUUCUCUGAACAAGGCGGAUGCUGAUGCCUAUGUCCUGUGCGACGUUAUCGGCUGCCUCAGAGAACGAGAAUGGAGGAGCGAGUGUGUGCGUGUGGUGGGAGACAACGAGCGACCGCUGCUCCUGCAGUCGCUCUGGAAGCCCAGAGAAGGCUACGCAAGGCGAUUUGAAAUCCAGAGCAGAGCCAGCGUGGAGGAGAAAAUCUCUAGAGACAAGGACACGGUGACUGCAGGGAUCAACGCUCAGGCUCGUAAACUGCAGAAGACACGCUCUCGGGGGAGGUCUGUGGUGCUCGGCGGGCGUGCCGCAGAUCUCGGGCUGAGUCUGUGCAGGAGUCUCAGUGAAACAGAUCUCAGACCCUCCCCUGAGCACCAGCAGAGCCUUAAGAGCCAAUCGGGUGGGAAGGACUCGGAGGCCUACAAAGAGCUUCCCUGUGAGGCUGGCAGAAAAGAAGAGACGGAGAGCGGCGAUGACAACUGGACACAGUAUUCCAUUCACCCGCCCGUGCACUUCCCUUACUUCCUGCUACUGCAGGGCUUCAGUUACAGACAGGACUUCCUCAUCUAUUCUCUAAAAAGCAGAUGUACAAUUUUUGGCCGUAAUUCUGAGCAAUCUGACGGCGUGAAAGAGCAUCCAGCUGUAGAUGUGACUCUUUGGGCUCCUGACAUCCAACCACAGCACUGCAGUUUUCAGAGACUCCAGGUCACAACUUCUGACCUUCAGCAAAAUGACAGGAAAAGAUCAGGAGUCACAGUUCUCAAGCCAUUCCAUGCAGCUCUGGUCAAGAGGAACGGAAUUGUUAUCAGCCAAGAGGUGGAGCUUCAUUCAGGAGAUGUCAUAGGUUUGGGCAAGAACUACCUCUUCAUGUUUAAGGAUCCCAGCUCUGAAAUUUUGGUCUCUCACAGUGUAGGUCUUUCAUGCCAAGGUGACUCACCACAACCUCCUCCUGCUCCUCCUACAUCAUUUCCUCUCUACCAGACAUGUAUGUUGUCGACGUCAGAGGGCUCAGGAACUCUUUGUGAAAGCACCUUGCCCUGCCUGAGGGACACAAACGGACAAGAGCUUGUCCUCUUCUAUGACGUAGAACAUGAAACACAGGUCCUAGAGGAGAUCUUUAAAAAGCUAAACCAUUAUGAAAACCUGCACAAGCUCACCCCAUCAUUCCUGAUGUGUUUAUGCCUCCAGCAAUCUGCUACACAUUUCCCCAUGACCGACCUGCGACGACUUCUCCUACAUAUCGCCAAUGAGGUUCAAGUAGCUGUACUGGAAAGAGCGAAAGAGGUUGCAGCUAUUCAGUCUGACAUGGAAGGCACUGAGCCGGUGGGUCUGCAGACGGAGAACCUCCUCAGAAGCCUGCAGCCGCUUGUUCUGUGGAUGGCCAACUCCAUCGAGCUCCUCCAUUUCAUCCAUCAAGAAGUGCCUUUCCUGUUGCAUGGGAUUUCACGAAUGGAGGAGGAAGAGGAUGAAGAUUGUAUGGCUGUGCUGGAGUUGCGCUUGUCUACUGUGCGGCCUGCCAGCGAGGAGGCCAUGACAGUCCUGGAGGAGGUCAUUAUGUUUACCUUCCAGCAGUGUGUCUAUUACCUCACCAAGCUCCUGUACCCGGUCCUCCCAGGCCUGUUAGACAGCAAUCCUUUCUCAGAGAAAGGGCAGGUGCAGAUCCCUAAUGAAGUUGCCAGUGUGUUGGACAUCUUUACAAAGACACUGAAUCUCAUUAAAGACUUCCGCAUACAUCCUGAAAUUUCCAUCCAGCUCUUCACUUACCUCUUCUUCUUUGUCAAUGCCUUCCUCUUCAACCUGCUCAUGGAGAGAGGAUCAGGGGGAACUUUUUACCACUGGACCUGUGGUGUUCAGAUCCGGGCAAAUUUGGAUGCGCUCAUAGACUGGGCUUAUACAGCAGGGCUCGGAGAACUGGCACAGAGCCAUCUCUUCAAACUCUCUUCUGCUGUCAAUCUGCUCGCCACCACUCGAGAACAUCUGCUGCAGGCAUCAUGGGGUUCUUUGAGGACAGAGUUUUCCUCACUUAGCCCUGCUCAGCUUCACCACAUGCUGACAGAGUACAACCCACGUCGGCCUUGCCCCUCUGCAUGGACGCCCUGCGGCACCGACGCUGACGCAGCAUGCCAAACUGCUGACAUUCUGGAGAACUUUGACGAUCACCCACCUCUUGUCCUGCCCAUCGAUGGCUUUCAGCUGAACUUAAAAAAGCCUAUUGGAGAUACAGGCCUCAUUAAGGAGCUCGUGCAGCUUCAGGCAAUCAUCAAGACACUUAAUGUUAGAGCAUCAACUACACAGUGUGCUCAGCAUGAAUCUGCCAUACCCCUGGAAGCCAAACGCACCAGAAUGGAGGUUCUUCCAAAAGCCCAUCUGGAACAAGGACACACCCCGUUGAUGCUGCCUAAGAACUGUGAUUCUUCCACUUGUUCUUCAGUAUCAGGUGACGAGGGCACAUAUGAAGGUCUGCUCACACAAAAGAUAAAGGCUCUAGAUCUACAAGACGAAGAGGCGAACCACAACAGCAGAGCUCUGGAAACCUCGUGCUUGCUCACUCCGCCUAACACACCGCUGAGCUCAGAGCGGAUGGUGUCCAAGAACGAAGGCCGAGAUACAGAGCCUCAUCCUCGGUGCUGUGAUACGACCAAGCACACAUGUGGAGAAUGUGGAAGUCAUGAAGUCGGUGAUGAUGAAGUGUUUGUGGUGGAGCUGCUGAAAGGCCCUGGAGGACUAGGACUGUCUCUAGUGGAUGGAGUGGAAACGCCAGUGAAGAUGAAUGGGAUUUAUAUUAAAUCUGUGAUCCCAGGGUCACCUGCAGCUCUGAGUCAGAGAUUGAGGCCAGGCGAUCGGCUUCUGGCUGUCAACGGCCACGGGUUAGUCGGCUUGGACUACCACACAGGCAGAGAGCUCAUUCAGAAGGCUGGAGAACAAGCCCAGUUGCUAGUUGCCCGGACGGAAAGAACUCACGAGGACACGGUGCCGAAACGCUGACCGUGUCAAUCACUUCCUGACACACAAGUGCACUUUGAAGCUGUUGUGGGAAACUGUUCUGGGACGAUUUUAAUCUCCUGAGUUUUAACACCCACUUUGAACAUGUCUUAUAACACUAUAGUGGUGUUUUAUUUAACUGAUGCCUAUUUCAUGAUUUUCCUUUUAUAUCAUUUUUACAGCAUUUUGUAAUCUGUUUAACAAAAAUGAUUAUUAAUCAAACAUUGUGCCUAAAUAAUCAUAAUUUUAAAAGUACACGACGUUGCAUUUGCAUUUAUUCUGAAACAGUAAACUGGGAUGGAACAAUUUUAACAUUUUGCUCCUUCUUUUAAGGUUGCAGAGAUCUGUUUGGAUCUGUGUUCCACUUUCUUUUUCCUAUUCUGACCCGGGAUGGGAUGGGAGAUGGGGGAGAGAGGACAGAGUGGCACAGCAGGCUGGGAAAAAAGAAAUGAAAGAGACAUUAUGUCAGAGAAUGACAGUGUCAGAAAGUGUCCUUGCUUGUUAUUCACUUAUAUCUUAAGGCACAAGAAAACUAUUAUGAACUAUACAGUGACUCUAACAUGAAAUGGAUUAGAUUAAGUGUUACUCGAAUUAAGACUGUUUGCCUGGUCUCUGAGGGGUUCUGGGUGUUGAAGGUUUACCUACAAAUGCUUCAAGGCUAGAACUGCUGUCCCCUAAUGAGUACUGUGCUUUUCAUAGUACCAUCAUUAUGAAUAUAUAGUAUCAUGAUGGGAUUGUAAAAUAGGCUUUGGAUAAUAUUAAAAAA